AUGUCUGCGCAAAGCCUGCUCCACAGCGUCUUCUCCUGCUCCUCGCCCGCCUCGGGCGGCGCGGCCUCGGCCAAGGGCUUCUCCAAGAGGAAGCUGCGCCAGACCCGCAGCCUGGACCCGGCUCUGAUCGGCGGCUGCGGGGGCGAGGCGGGCGCGGAGGGCGGCGCGCUGGGGGCCACCGCGAGCCGCCUCUACUCCUCGCCGUCCCCAGCCGAGGGGCUCGGUCCCCGCUUGCCGUCCUCUCCCCGGGGCCCGUCCCCCCGGGCCACCCGGCUCCCGCCGCCCAGACCCCUCUGCUCGUCCUUCUCCACGCCCAGCACCCCACAGGAGAAGUCGCCGUCCGGCAGCUUCCACUUUGACUAUGAGGUCCCCCUGGGUCGCGGCGGCCUCAAGAAGAGUAUGGCCUGGGACUUGCCUUCUGUCCUGGCCGGGCCGGGCAGUGGCCGCAGUGCGGCGAGCAUCCUCUGCUCCUCCGGGGGAGGCCCCAAUGGCAUCUUCGCUUCUCCCAGGAGGUGGCUGCAGCAAAGGAAGUUCCAGCCCCCACCUAACAGCCGCGGCCACCCCCACGUCGUGUGGAAGUCCGAGGGUGACUUCACCUGGAACAGCAUGUCGGGCCGCAGCGUGCGCCUGAGGUCAGUCCCCAUCCAGAGUCUCUCAGAGCUGGAGCGGGCGCGGCUGCAGGAAGUGGCUUUUUAUCAGUUGCAGCAGGACUGUGACCUGAGCUGUCAGAUCACCAUUCCCAAAGAUGGACAAAAGAGAAAGAAAUCUUUGAGAAAGAAACUGGAUUCACUAGGAAAGGAGAAAAACAAAGACAGAGAAUUCAUCCCGCAGGCAUUUGGAAUGCCCUUAUCCCAAGUCAUUGCAAAUGACAGGGCCUAUAAACUCAAGCAGGAUUCGCAGAGAGAGGAGCAGAAGGAUGCAUCCGAUUUUGUGGCUUCCCUCCUCCCAUUCGGAAGUAAAAGACAAAACAAAGAACUCUCAAGCAGUAACUCAUCUCUCAGCUCAACCUCAGAAACCCCAAAUGAGUCAACGUCCCCAAACACCCCGGAACCGGCUCCUCGGGCCAGGAGGAGGGGUGCCAUGUCAGUGGAUUCUAUCACAGAUCUUGAUGACAAUCAAUCUCGACUACUAGAAGCUUUACAACUCUCCUUGCCUGCUGAGGCUCAAAAUAAAAAAGAAAAAGCCAGAGAUAAGAAACUCAGUCUGAACCCUAUCUACAGACAGGUGCCCAGGCUGGUGGACAGUUGCUGUCAGCACCUAGAAAAGCAUGGACUCCAGACAGUGGGGAUAUUCCGAGUUGGAAGCUCAAAAAAGAGAGUGAGACAAUUACGUGAGGAAUUUGACCGUGGGAUUGAUGUCUCUCUGGAGGAGGAGCACAGUGUUCAUGAUGUGGCAGCCUUGUUGAAGGAGUUCCUGAGGGACAUGCCGGAUCCCCUUCUCACCAGGGAGCUGUACACAGCUUUCAUCAACACCCUCUUGUUGGAGCCGGAGGAACAGCUGGGCACCUUGCAGCUCCUCAUCUACCUUCUACCUCCCUGCAACUGCGACACCCUCCACCGCCUCCUACAGUUCCUCUCCAUCGUGGCCAGGCACGCCGAUGACAACAUCGGCAAAGAUGGGCAAGAGGUCACUGGGAACAAAAUGACGUCUCUAAACUUGGCCACCAUAUUUGGGCCCAACCUGCUGCAUAAGCAGAAGUCGUCAGACAAAGAGUUUUCUGUGCAGAGCUCGGCCCGGGCUGAGGAGAGCACAGCCAUCAUCGCUGUGGUGCAGAAGAUGAUUGAAAAUUACGAAGCCCUGUUCAUGGUUCCCCCGGAUCUUCAGAACGAAGUACUGAUCAGCCUGUUAGAGACCGAUCCUGAUGUCGUGGACUAUUUACUCAGGAGAAAGGCUUCCCAGUCAUCAAGCCCUGACAUGCUGCGGUCGGAAGUUCCCUUUUCCGUGGGCGGGAGGCACUCGUCCACAGACUCCAACAAGGCCUCCAGCGGAGACCUCUCCCCUUAUGACAACAAUUCCCCCGUGCUGUCCGAGCGCUCCCUGCUGGCUAUGCAAGAGGACGCGGGCCCAGGGGGUUCGGAGAAGCUUUUCAAAGUGCCAGAGCAGUGUAUGCUGGUGGGCUACUCGCCGUCGUCAAAGUCAAGGGAAAGUUCUCCUGGACCACGGCUUGGAAAAGAUAUGUCAGAGGAGCCUUUCAAUAUCUGGGGAACUUGGCAUUCGACAUUAAAAAGUGGAUCCAAAGACCCAGGAAUGACAGGUUCCUAUGGCGACAUUUUUGAAAGCAGCUCCCUAAGGCCGGGGUCCUGCUCCCUUUCCCAAGGGAACCUGUCCCCGCACUCGCCUCGGUGGCAGCGGAACCUCGCAGAGCUGGACGGCGGCGCGCAGGCCCCUCGGAGGACACAGGCGGCGACGGAGCGCCGGGCGCACGCCCCGGUGUCGCGCGUCGGCUGCACGCCCCACGGCCAGGGCGUCGCCAGCGCAGGGCGGCUGGCGGCCGGGGCGGAGCCGCGCGUGACCUUGAGCAGCGCCGAGGACCUCCCCGGGGGCGGGCUGGACCCGGCCUGGCUGCACAGCCGCGCCCCGCCUUCGGCCCAGAGACUCCCGGAGCGUGGCAGGGGCGACAAGAGACCCCCUCCUCCCUACCCGGGGCCGGGGAAGCCCGCCCUGCAGCCGCCGGAGCCACCCUUGUGGAGGCUCCAGCGGCCCGAAGAAGGCACGGGGACGGCUUCGGAAGAGGGAAGCCAGACGGGCGGGCGAGAUCGGGAGGCCUCGGCCAAGAGACUGAGCAGCAUCUACUCCCUGGCCGCCAGCGAGCGCGACAGUCAAGGCCUGGGGGGCGCCAGCUGGCUGGACUGGCAGAGGGAGCGGUGGCAGAUCUGGGAGCUCCUGUCCGCCGACAACCCCGACGCCCUCCCGGAGACGCUGGUGUGA